CUGCGCUGACGUCUGGCAGCCAUCGGUGCGCCUGCGCGGUGGUCUGCGGGGAGCGGGGCCGCGGCCAUGGGGAAAGUUCAGGAGUUGUCCGUGACGCUGAGGAACAACAAAGUGGUGUACGGCCCCGGGGAGUUGGUGGCCGGGGAAGUGAGGCUCCGAGUGUCCGCGCACUUCAACUUCAAAGCUCUGAAAGUAAACUGCAUUGGAUCCUGUGGGGUUGCCAACAAAGCAAAUGAUACAACAUGGCAGGUGGAGGAGCAGUACUUCAGCAGCACACUCAGUGUUGCUGAAAAAGGAUCGCUGUCAGCUGGAGAAUAUACUUACCCAUUCCGGUUUCUUCUAUCAGCUACGAUACCUACUUCAUUUGAAGGUCCCUUUGGGAAGAUAAGCUAUCGCAUCAGGGCUACAAUAGAAACUGCACGAUUCUCUAGAGAUUAUAGAACUGAGAAGGUGUUUUACGUUCUUAAUCUGCUCAAUCUGAAUGAGAUCAAUGAUAUUGAGCAACCAAAUAUUGCAACUGUAACCAAGAAGUUUAGCUACCUGAUCGUGAAAAGUGGGAUUAUCACUUUAACAUUGAGCUCUGAUCUUAAAGGAUACACUUCGGGUCAAAUCAUUCAUCUUACAAUGGACAUCCAGAACAAAUCUGGGAAGGAUAUAGGUAAUAUUAUCGCCGGUCUCAUCCAGAAAGUUACCUAUAAAUCAAAGCGAAUAAUCUAUGACCUGCGGACAAUUGCAGAAGUUGAAGGGUCUGGAGUAAAGUCUUGGAAACAAGCAGAAUGGAGGGAGCAGAUCAUUGUGCCACCAUUACCUCAGUCAUCUCUGCAUGGUUGUAAUUUAAUACAAGUGGAUUAUUUCAUUCAAGUUUCCGUCCGAUCACCAGAGGUUUUAGUCAGCUUGCCAAUUUAUAUUGGAAAUAUUGCAAUCAACAGUCCACCACUGACACCUUCUAGGCAGUCCCAGCUUCCAGAGGCAGUGAUACCUACAGCUCCUCCAGCUGAGGAGGUUGGGGCAAUAGGUUACCAGCCCAUGGAUAGCGUCGUUCUUCCAACCAAAAGCCAUUCUCAGCAGCAGACUUCAUCACCUCAAGCUUUCAGCUACACACCUGGCUUUGAAAAUGAUGCUGGCACGCAGAUUCCUGUUCCUAGACUUUGUAUUUCAACUGGUGCUACAGUCCCAUACUAUGCAGACGGACCUGUUGUUGCAGAUUUCACAGAAAAUCCCCUGAUCUUACCUCCUGAAUAUAGUACGUGGGCCCAGCCAUUUGAUCCUCCCCCAACAUACGAAGAGAGUUGCAGCAGUGCUAAUUCCAGCAUGAGUGCAGGAAAUUAAUCUACAAUAGACUUCAAAAGGUGCACUGCAGAUUGUGUACAGAAAUGCCUCUUAGUGACAUUUUACUGAAAAGCACAGCCUGACUUUAUGAUUCACCACUGCAAAUGCAUUCUGAGUUUGAAGAAGUUGAUACUUUAUUCUCAAGAUGCAUUAUCAACACUCACAGGUAUUUCUCCAGCUUUGUGGAAUGUCUGCCUUCUGCUUCCCUGCUGGAAGCAUAGCUAUUUUGGUAUAUUAAUCUGAGUUCUUUCCUUAUGAGUAUUUUUGGAAUGCAAAGCACUGAAGGGUUAUAAUAUAAAUAUUUAAAGCCUUUCAUUUCAUGUAUAUAAAUAAAUAUAAUUUUACUCUUGCUGAAUAGCUCCACCGUAUAAUAGACUGUUUAUCUAAUCAGUCUAGUUCUGUAGAGGAAGCUGAAAAUUAUAGACAACUCUGAGCCUUAAGAACCAUAAAUAAGUGAUGAUGCUUGCUCCUUGUAUUUGCUUGUUUGGGCAAAGGAAUAUCUGUGAUUAUAGGUGGACUGUAUGCAAUAGGAAUUAAUUUCCAAUUCUGAUCAAGUUUGAGCCUUCUUUUUUACUUAUCAAUGUAGUGGGCUAUUUACACCAUGUGCUGUAACAACUGAGCUAAUGUUAUACUGGCCUUUUGGAAGGACCAAUACCAGCCAAAAUGCAUUAACAAUCCUUUCACCUUGAAGUGUUAUUUUGCACCUUUUGAUAGAAUAUUUUCCAAAAGAGAGAUCCAUAUAUACUGUAUUUAUAUAGUGUAUGUUUGCGGAGUCAUAUCAUCAUCUUUAAACUAGCACAUAAAAAAAGGCAAGUUCAAACUUCGGCACAUUAUUAUAACUUAAGCCUUACUGAAGUCAGUUGAAAGCCAAACCACUUACUGGAAUGUUUACUUAGUGCAUCUUUUUAACUGCUGUAUUUGUAACCUUUUGGAAUUUUACGUGCACAGUUUGAAGUACUAUAUAACAUUUAAAUUCUUAAGUGCAGUACUGAAAUAUAUUUUAAUGGUUGAACCAAGGAAUCUGCAGUCUGUUGAAAGUAACUUGUAGAUGAAUGGUUUAUCUGGAGUUCCCAUUUUAUUAAUGGCUUUAAAAAAAAUUGAGAGUGUGCAUUUAGAUGCAAGGAACCUAGAAGCGUGUUGAUUUAAUUUUUCACUUUGAUGCUUAGAGUUUGAAUUAACGUAACAUUGCUGUUUUGAAUAAAUUCCUAUGCAAGCUCUCAAUUAGCUGUUUGGUGCAAUACCACCAUGAGUACUGGCUGCCAGCUUUUCCUGUAGGGCGGGACUUCCAUCAGUUCCUUAGGGAACAUCUACAGAAGGAUGUAGAUUUAUGAAAGGGAUGGAUUGGGAGGAAGCUUGACUCGGGCAGAAAUUAAGAGGAAUCAGUCUUGAAGAGUAUACCAUGAGUAGCGUAGGGACAUUGGUGAAUCUGAAAGUAAUUACUUUCAUUUGCUAGUACCAAGUGUCCUGUUAUUGAAUACAAUUCAAGAUGCAUUCAUUGCUAGAUUUAUAGAGUGAAGUAAAAUAUUUUGUCUUGAAACUGGUGAUAGUAGUGGUCAAGAUCACUCUCAUUUUGCUGCUACCCAUGUGUAACAGAUGGGAUCUGAAUUUAUUCUAGUCACAAUUUUGUUCACUGAAGAGUAUUUUCCUUUGCAAGACUGAAAAAUGAGGCUGGAACUAAUUUUAAUCUCACUAUUAUAAUUAAGUGUUUUUAACUUUCCUUACAUUUUGUAAGAAAAAAUGAUGAAGGGAACAAUAACUUUUUAUCAACUAUUUGUUACCAUUGGCCUGGAAUUCCCAAUUCUCAUGACCUUGUUUCUUUUCUUUAUUGUAUACAAGUCUUCUCCCAUCUAUAGGCACAAAUUAUAAAUAGUUUAGCUAAUUUUGCAGUCGUUUCAGUAGGUUCAUCAGCUGAGAAUUUGUGAGAUAUUUUGCUGAAUUCCAAGGAUGACAAUAGAAAUCAGUGAAACGCAUUGCUCCUCUGAUUUUUUUUUUCCUAUCCCACUAUGAAUCACAAGCACCAUAUCUAAUUAGUAUAAUAAUAAGCAAAGCUUUCAUACUUAUGCAAUAUCUUAGGAAUUUGUCCAGGUUAUGGAAAAGGGACACUCACAAAUCUGAUUUACUGCUAAAUUAUCCCUUUUAUCUUGCAGAUUGCACUAUUGUGGGCACUACAGCCUGACUAACAAAUGUACUUUGGGAAUUUGGGGAAGAAGGGAAGGGUGUUCCUGUGCAGUGUUCCAUGUAGUAACUGGAUGCACAGGGUGUUAAAUGGCACCAAGUCACUGGUGUGUAGUCGAUGAAGAAGGAAAGCAGAUUGAGGGAAAGGGCUACAGUAAUGAGUGAGUGUACUCUUUCCAGCACCAAGUUGCCAAGCAGCUUUGUUAAAUCCGCUUUGCAAAAUUGAAAGUCAUUUGGUAGCUGCUUCUAGCUCAGCUGAUAUAGGAUUACUGGAAAAUGUUUACAUUUUGAAGCUGAUUAUAUUAGGAACAACUCAGGACAUCCAGAUCUCAUCAUAUACGGUAGAAAAUAAAAUACUGCAUAAUUCCAGUGGCUUGCCCUUUCUCGUCCAAAGGAGGUGACCUGUCAUGUGCUUGCUGUGAACUGUGUGUAAACUUUUCCUGACUUGAAUACUUGACAUGAAGGGUUGACAGGAAAGGUCACAGAUGGUAAAUGUAAAUGACUUUGGGGAAGACUCUCUUACUUUAAAUUUUAACAAUGCAUUUCUUAAAGAAGACCAAAGGUGUCCAAAGUGCUUAUAACAGUCAACCAUUGAAGUCUCUCACGGUCUCUAGCCUCCACAAAUGAGAGGAAGAUGUGAACUGAUCUAUAGCUGCAGUCUAGUUGUGCAGCCCACUCUUUUGCGCAUCUACUCUAUUCCCAUUAGUACUGUCUCUGUUAAUACCUUGCCAAUUAAAGUGCCUGUCUGAAUGUCUCUUAAAUGUAGUGAUAAUGUCCAACAAAACCACUUCUGGCAGUGAGUUUCAGGUAUCAACCACCCCUUUAUUUUAAAAUAAAGACUUUCCUGUCAGAUCUCCUUUAAAACUGCUUCUCCCAACCUCUGCCCCUUGUGUUUUUGUUGACCCUCAGCAUGGGAAAAGAAUAACCAGCUACCUUAUUAAUGUCUGUUAUCAUUUUAUAUUCCUUGAUCAAGUCACCCUUCAACCUCCUUUACUUGGGAAAACAGGCCUAGCCUAUCCAAUCUCUUACCAUCACUAAAGUCCUACAGUCCAGGCAAAAUCCUGAUGAAUCUCCUCUACACUUCCUCCGAUGCAAACGCAUCCUGUAGUGUGGUGGCUAGAAAUGUGCCCAACAAUCUGUUCAUAAGGUCAUACAGCAUUUCAAACAACCCCCCUUCAGCCCAUCAUGUCUGUGUCAGGACUUGAUAAUUCAAGUGCCCUCCUAUCUUAGACACCACUUCCUUUAGGAAAAGUUUCUUACCAUCUACCUUAUCUGUGCCCCACAUAAUUGUGAUAAGGAUGAGGCAUAUACCAGCUCUGUUAGGGCCCUGGAGAGAAUUAAGAAACCUUGGUGUGCAGGACCAAGGUUCUUUGAAGAUCUAGGUACAAUGUUAUAAAAGAUUGGCUAAGCCAUAGCUGGAGAACUGUGCAUGGUUCUGCUUGCCACAUUAUGGGAAAGAUAUCUGUACGGUUCCUCCCCCUGGCCCCAUCCUGUGCUCCAGGGAAAACAAACCCAACCCCUCCAUAACUCUAAAAUCUCAUCUCAGGCAGCAUCCUGGUGAAUCUCCUCUGCAUUCUCUCCAGAGCAACCACAUCCCUCCUAUGGUGUGGCGAGCAGAACAGGCACAGUACUCCAGCUGUGGCUUAACCAAUCUUUUAUAACAUUGCACCUAGAGCUUCAGAGAGCCUUGAACUUGCACACUAAGGUUGGUCUAUUUCUCAGUUCUCUCUGGGGCCCUAACAGUCCUGGUUAUAUGUCUUACCCUUAUCAGACUCCCCCCAGAAUUGUAUCACCUCAAGUUCAUCAGGAUUAAAUUCCAUCUGCCAUUUCUGUGCCCAGUUUAUCAAUGUUCUGCUGUGUUUGAAUACCACACUCAUAAUCAACAGCACCAAUUUUUGUGUCAUCUGCAAACAUUAAUUAUACCUCCUACAUUCACAUAAAUUGAUGUGUAUAACAAACAGGUGUUGGUACUGGGUCCUUUCAAGAUACGAUCACCAUUUUUGCUAGUGGGGCACAUUAAGUGGGAGCUAUUGCAAUUGAAAAUCCCUAAAGAGAAGGAGGAAGUAACAUUAAUCAGUAUCUUCACUUUUACUUCAAUGAAUGAAAUAGUUAAAAGUAGAAUUGCCCAUCUAUUGCUCAGCUUACUGAAACUUCCUCACUCACUUUAGCCUACACUGAGACUAUGCCACUCCGGGAUCCACAGAGCAGAACAGAAAAUAACAUUUCCUGAAAAUUCUCCAAUCUAAGAGAGUAUGUCUAGCUGCAAUUUAAAGCGUUACUCAAUACUUGGUUAACUUAGCAAGGAUAUAAGCAACUUUUAGGUUUUCCUCAUCCAGUGCCAGAUGGAAGAACUUGGCAAGGUAGAGACAUGGAGCACAGAUCAGUACAGCACAGUUUGGUCCUUCAGCCCAUGAAGCUGUGCCAGCCUGUUUAAACCGGCUCCACAGUCAAGCUAACCCUUCCCUCCAACAGAGCCCCUUAUCCUCUAUUUUUCUUGCAUCUGUGCACUAGGAGUCUCUUAAAUGUCCCUAUCAUAUCAGCCUGUACCACCACCCCCUGCAGUGCAUUCCAAGCACCUACAACUCUGUUUUUUUUAAAAAAAUAACUACCUCUAACAUCUCCCCUAAACCUUCCUCCACUCACCUUAAACAGAUGUCUUCUGGCAUUGGCUGUUGCUGCCCUGGGUCAAGGGCGCUGUCUGUCCACUCUGUCUAUCCUUAUAAUCUUAUACACCUCUGUCAAGUCAUCUCUUACUCUCAGUCACUCCAAAGGGAAAAGUCCUAGCUCGCUCAGCCUUUUCUCAUAAAGCAUGUUCUCUAAUCCAAGCAGAAUCCUGUUUGCCAAACAAUUGAUUAAUAGCUUCUUACUACAGUUGCAGUCAUUAUGUUAAAAACAAGGAAACUGUGUGCAUAAUUUGUGUUCCGCCUUGUCAAGAUUUUGUGUGCUGUACCAGGGGAAAAUCUCUCCGAAAAUGUUUUCCCCUUGGGGAGAAACCCAUGAGCAGUAUAACCUGAGGUUGUGCCUCUUUAACUUUACAUUCAUGUCUGAAAAUUGAAGCAUUUAGAUGGCAGAAGAGGGAGUUAAGUCAAUGUUUUCCACAGUCAGAAAGCUUGGGUUGGUCAAAUACAGUACACUCGUCAUUCAAAGCAGAAAUUCGACCCCCAAGUUGUUUACUGCACUCCAGCAUCUAUCAAAGGGAUUAUAGUUUAUAAUAUGUUUUUCAGUGUUGUGUGCCUUUUUGUACUAUUUAGAAUGGCAUUAGAAGUAUUUUCUCUUGUGUUUAUAUAGCCUCAUUAGGAUCCAGUGAAAAUUCUAGAAAUGUGUAUUUUAUCUAAGUACAGUACUUUUUUCAUUGUUACAACUUGGGAAAGAUAUUCUCUCCCUAUCUUCAUUCCUGUUAUAAUAUUAACGUCGUUGAAUCUUAAUCAUGCUUUAUCAACUUUGUCUUGUGCACUGGAGUGAAUUAUUGCCUUAGCAACAUAUUGUAAUUUGAUCCAUCCAGGGGAAUAAUUAAUAAGAACAUGCAAGUUUUUUUUAAUUUUGUUUCACUUAAAGUAGAUAAGAUUCUGAAGCAAGCCAACCACAUUUUUAACUCGGAUGCAAUUCACAGAACUCUGGAUUGUGUUGGAAAUAGAACGAGGUAAAUAUAAAGCAAAAAAUUGUUCAGACUAACUCCUCAACUGUAAAAUUACUAACAGGUACAAAUCCUCAAGGAUUAUUUAUGUGAAAUUUAUUUCUGUUAUUGUUAACUUAAUUUUUUGUCAGUAACUACUAUAUAUUUUAAAACUUUUAGCAUGUAUUUUUUUCUAUUUUCAGAAUCAAAUGUUAUAAUUUUUUUUAAAAACUGGUUUUAAUUUGUAUUUUCCGAAGCACAGGCAGUUUUCACAGAAUGCUGGGACAUGGUUUGUUGUUCCCCAAUAAUAGAAUUAUUUGUUCUAAUUGAUAACAGCACAAGUUCCAGUACAUCUGUUUGUCCCAAUGAACUCUCUGGAUUUUUUUCUUAAUCUUCUUUCCCACCCUGCAGAGUCCAGAAUGUUCAGUUCUUGCAAUGUCAAUUUGGGUAGCUUAAAGUUUCAAAACUCUGAAGUUUAAAUGUAUUCAAUAACCACCCCUCCCACAAAGCCCCAACUCAUGUAUAUUAUUUUUCUUGGAAACUGGUCUGAAUUUGAAUAGGACUCGUUCCAGUACCAGAGUUUUUAUAUGAUGUUGAGAAGGGAAAUGGCUUUAAUCAGUGCUGAAGCACACUUUGGGCUCGUAGCUUUAUGAACUUGCCUUUCUUCCUCUCCUGUGUUAAUUAUUCUCAGUUUGAACUCUUCGUAGAAUGCAUUGACGUCAUAUUUUCCUCUGCAAUGAUUUUGUAAUAAACUGAUAUAUUGAUGCACUUUAGUGUUUUAGAAUUUCAUGUAAUUGUUUGGAAAUGUAAAUUGAGUAAUCAAACACCAUACUAAUAAAUUUUUUCAAAG